CGAUCUCUCGAUACCCCCCAGACGAGUUGCCAGGCAUCGUGUUGCAGCACGGGCACCCAAGACUCGCCGUCAGAUUCGACAAUCCUCCAAAUUGGCUCGCAUCGCCGCCUUCUUCAUUCCGUCUCACCUCGUAAUCUUUGCAGAGUGAGAGGCGAGUUCAGUAUCGCAUCUGUUGGGAACCAUGGUUCUGUGAGGCGGUUCAGACUUUGGACCAUCGUUCCUCUCGUUACUUGCUUACGCUCUCUUACCGACGAAAACAGCCUCCACCACUUCUCCACACUUCGUCCUAGUGUAUAUAUGCAGCGGCUACCUUUGAACGAAUUGACGAGCACUCAAAAGCAGCGUGAAUGACAUUCUUUGCUGUCGACAGCUGACCCGUUAUUCCUGCAGCCUCCACUUCUCGCUCCCUUGUUCAGUUUCAAAUCGCUUGGUCCCUCCCCUCCCUCGUUCCCAGCCAGCUGGCCGGGUAGGGCCCGUCGUAUCCAUUUCACCACUGGACAACCCGCGGAGGCAUUACGGGGUUCAGUGCCUCUGUGCCCAGUCUAGUUUCAAUUAUUCGUCGCAAUGUCCACAGCAGCAUCGCAAGCUUCUCCAGUCGUAGUUCGCAAUCCUGCUACUCAACACCCGCAUCCAUCCUAUCGACCUCCUGCUGCUGACACCCCCCAAAGAACUCGCACCAGCGGUGGAGGGGCGGCACAAUAUUCUCAUUCCCAGAGUCGUUCGGGCUCGCGAUCUUACGGGCACGAUCGUUCGGCGUCAAAUAAAGGCCCUCCAUCUGGCCACCCGCGACGCGACUACGAAUCGCUCAAAGCCGCCACGGCUCCUCGCAGCGCAUCCCGCGAUCGCACUCAAGAACCCAAUCUGCCAUACCGGACUGAUUCUCGUGCUCAUCGUCGCCAGUCUUCCAAACCUACAUACUCUCGGAAUAGUACCGACAUGACCGGCCCAAGUUCCGGAGUAGCCGAUGGAUAUGGUUCUGUGCAUGCGUCUCAUCAUCCGCCAAACGGGUCUGGUAUCACCAACCAGACCAGACGACGCACUACAAUCACUGCUUCAUCGGGCCAAUGGGCUUUAGGCAAAACGAUUGGGGCUGGGAGCAUGGGAAAGGUGAAACUUGCUAAAAACGUAGAGACUGGUGAACAGGUUGCCGUAAAGAUCAUACCAAGACAUUCCACCGAAGAACAUAGAAGCACUCGGGAGAGUGAACGCGCAGACCGCUCGAAGGAGAUUCGAACAGCAAGAGAAGCAGCAAUAGUCACUCUAUUGAACCAUCCUUAUGUGUGCGGAAUGCGCGAUGUUGUGCGAACGAAUCAUCACUGGUACAUGUUUUUUGAGUAUGUGAAUGGUGGCCAGAUGUUGGACUACAUAAUUUCGCACGGAAAGUUAAAAGAAAAGCAAGCACGCAAAUUUGCUCGCCAGAUUGCGAGUGCUCUUGAUUACUGUCACAAGAAUAACAUUGUACACCGAGAUUUGAAGAUCGAGAAUAUCUUGAUCAGCAAAACUGGGGACAUUAAAAUCAUCGAUUUUGGUCUGAGCAACCUCUUUUCUCCAAAAGGCCAGCUCAAAACAUUUUGUGGAAGUUUAUACUUUGCGGCUCCUGAACUGCUUCAGGCUCGACAAUACACUGGUCCCGAAGUUGAUGUCUGGAGCUUCGGGAUUGUUCUAUACGUGUUGGUGUGUGGCAAGGUGCCGUUCGACGAUCAGAGCAUGCCGCAACUCCAUGCAAAAAUCAAAAGGGGCGUGGUAGAAUACCCGCAAGGGCUUUCAUCUGAUUGCCGAAAUAUCAUCUCCCGAAUGCUUGUUACGGACCCCAAGCAACGGGCUAGCUUGACUGAGAUCAUGAACCACCCUUGGAUGACAAAAGGAUUUAGUGGGCCACCCGAAAACUAUCUUCCGCACCGCGAUCCACUACAGCUCCCGCUAGAUUCAGAAGUGAUCCGUAGAAUGACGGGAUUUGAUUUUGGGCCCCCAGAAUUCAUCUCUGCCCAACUCACCAAGGUGAUUGAAUCAGAGGAUUACCAAAGUGCUGUUCGUGCGUUUGUUAAGGAGCACCAUACUCCGAAUCCUGUGAACGACAAAAAAAGAGGCGUAUUCGAUUUCUAUAAACGCCGAAACUCGACCAGCAAAGACACGCUUUCCAACACCUCGCUCGAAGCAAUGCCCCAUGGUCUCGAUCCAGCUAAUGGCUACCACCCACUUAUUGCUGUUUAUAAUCUUGUCAAGGAAAAGCUUAACAGAGAAAAACAGGAGGUGCAUCCUGGUGGCUUGGCUAUCCCACAUAGCCCCGGCGAGGCACCCGUUAAAUUCCCCGAUAUCUCAGCACCUGAGGCUGCCCAUACAAACCAAAGAUCAUAUGAAAUUCCUGGAGAGAGGGAUACUGGGGGGAGGUCCCGGCCAAGAGCUCGGACACACGGCGACGACGAGAUAUCCGAAGGGAUCAAAAACCUCAAACUUGCCAAACCCUCGGGCCCAGCUUCCCCUGCCAUCGUUACCCCGCAGAUUGAGCAACCCCCAAGGAAGGAAAAUGCAGCUGUUGGUUUACUACGACGCUUGAGCACUAGAAGAACCCGUGAUAAGGGCCGUGAAGAGAAAACCACUGCCCAUCAUGCGCAAACUUUGAAUGUACAGUCACCAGAUAGUCUUCCUCCACCGCGAAAGAGUUUUAGUAUGAGAAGGACUAGACGAGGGGAAGCUUCACCUGCUACUAUUCACCACGGGGGAAGUCAGCCUCAGCAACAAGAGGUUUCCCGUGGGGAGCUAUCUUCCAGAGCUAUUAAUCUACUGGGAAGGUCUACCAGCGUUAAUUCGGCAGAUUUUAGAAGCCGAAAGAAUCCCAGCCGAGGAGGAACAGAUACUCUCUCUCCAGCAACCGCACAUGAUCCGCCAUUGACAAGUGGCUCAGAUCGGUCGAGCCUAAACGUUCAAAGAUCCAAAGCAUCCGAUAACGCCAACUCGGAUUCUAGGUCAGGGUACAAGCCUCAGACGUUGAGAACAAAGUCUUUAGGCCAUGCCAGACGCGAAAGUAUUCAGGCUCGGAGGGCUCGCCGAGAGGAAGCGAGGGAAGCCAAUGUACCUGAAGAAACCGAUGCUGAGCUGGCGCAGGCAAGCACCAACAUCGAGAAUGGCACUACCGCCGAGGAGUCCCUCAAGCCUGUGUAUCUCAAGGGCCUUUUCAGCGUGUCUACAACGAGUAACAAACCAUUACCGUUUAUCCGAUCUGAUAUCAUCCGAGUCCUGAGACAGCUGGGCGUUGAAUACGUUGAAAUCAGAGGCGGAUUCAGUUGUCGACACGCUCCCAGUAUAGAUCUGAAGCGUGUUAUCGAUGCGCGCCCACCAAGCCCAGAGCAGCAGGGCAUGGUCGCGGGCCACCGUCGUAAAAUCAGCUUUGGAGGUCUUCGUGGGCACGAACGUGAAGAGAAUAAAGAUGAUGCCAAGAGUCAACAACGGUCCUCUCGGCGACAUGCUGAUCAAAGCUUCAUCAGUAACUCGGAUGGAUCCGAGGACUAUGCCGCCAACCGUGAACACAAUGCUGGAGAACGCGUGUUAGGCGAAACAACGACUAGGGUACAGAGUGAUACCGGCGAAAACUUAGUACUUCGAUUUGAAAUUCUCAUCGUCAAGGUUCCUCUCUUCUCGCUUCAUGGAAUUCAGUUUAAAAAGGUAUCUGGGGGGAUGUGGCAGUACCGGGAAAUGGCUAAAAAGAUUCUUGAUGCCUUGAGACUCUAAAUCCGUGCAUCGUCACUGCGAGCGUUGCUCCAAUGAUUUUACCAGUCUCGGUUCCGCCGAUUGUGUUUCCGCAGUUAAUACUCGGCACUCAUCGUUAAACUGGUUUUGUUCGAGUCCCAACUCGAGCGUUCCUCCGGUCCUCUGGCAGCUUCGAUUUCUAUAGCCACUUUGUCCCCACAGGGCUUGCAACCCUACCGUUUAAAGCCUGACAAAUGAUAGCAUACUUUCAACUGGUUUCGGCUAAUUGUGUCGAGUCGAAUCCCCUGGACAGCGAAGCAAGCUCACUGUCACCGUCGCUGUCAGCACAGAUUCCUCUAGCGACUCUUUUCUUCUUUUCCCUCAAAUAUUGACUUUUCUUCGAACACAGUUAUUUAUGGACUGUCAAUGUGGGCCUUAUGCUACCUUAGCAGUGUAUGAUUUUUAAUUACCCAUUUUCGCCUCAUGUGGUUUAUUUGAUGAAACGGAGUGCUUAGUGACUAUAUCCACCCAUACUACAUCAGCCUUUAUAAACAUUGCUUUUCCCAUGAUAUUGUCUGUUUUGAGAAAUGAUGAUUUAGCUUUUCAUUUUUUUUUGAAGACUUUAGCCUCUUGAUGUUUGUACCGUAUCUCAUGCUACAAUCAGAAGUCUUGAUAAAGAUUUGAUUGUAACUAUUGUGUCAAGCAUGCAUAAAACAGUUUCAAA